AUGGGCAAUGGCGCUCGGAAUCGGAAGGAGGCGGCGGCGGAGGCGCCAGAGCGAAGAGGUGGCGGGUGGACGGUCAGGGGGCAGCGCAAAGAGGCGAUGGUAGGAACGGAGGCGGUUCUGGUGGACCGCAUCUCGGCGCUGCCGGACGACGUGCAACGGCGCAUCUUGACCCGCCUCCCGCUCAAGGACGUCGUCCGCUCAGCGGCGCUCGCGCAGGGGUGGCGCGACCUCUGGAAGAGCCGGUGGGCGGAGCCGACCUCCUGCCGCGACAUCCACCUCCUCCCCGGCGACAACUCGAGGAAGGCGCUCGGCUCGCUGGAGAGUGCCCCGCGCCGCCGCCUCGACCGCUUCUCCUUCGUCUCCGACAACGAGAAGCUCAGGCAACCGUACCUCAAGCGCUUCCUCGCGUACGCUGCCGAGUGCCGCGUCGAGGACCUCCACGUCGAGGUGCGUCGGAGCCUGGUCUUCCACCUGCCGCUGUCGAGCCCCCUCCUCGCGCACCUCUCCCUCCGCAACAUCGACAUGUACCACAUGUACUCCAAGGGCGCCCAGCCUUUCUACGCUCUCGAGUCCAUCCACCUCCACUCCGUCAACAUCGGUGUGAAAUUCAGCAAGGUCAUGGCGCUCUGCCACCGCCUCCACACUCUCGAUCUGCGCCGCUGCAACCACAUACUGUAUGGUGCCGAAGCCUGCACCCCACUCGGCCUGAGGAGAAUCACCGUCGCGGAGUGCAAUUACGGGGAGAUCAAGCUAGAUGUUGUGCCGGAAGUGGCGGGCCCACUUUGA